CAAUGCACCACUUGCUUUUUCCUCCAAAGUAUGUUAUAUUAAGUUUCGUGAAGCAUCGAGUGUUGGUGUGGCCCAGCAUCUAACUAACACGGUUUUUAUUGACAGAGCUUUGAUAGUUGUGCCCUGUGCAGAAGAUGACUAGACUGGCCAAGGCAGACCUGUUACACUUGCCUGAGUUAGGCAUUGUUUGCCAUGCCACUAAACCUGCCGCCAAGUGAAACCUUCAUGGGGGAAAUGAGAUCGAAGUCUGACCUGCUGAAGAUGGACGCCCUGUCUCUGUUUUUAUUUUAUUUUGCUUUCUUUCCUUUGUUUCUUUUAUUUUUAUUUUUAUUUUGUCCCUUUUUUGUUUUGUUCUGUUAAAUCUCUUUCCCUUGUACUUGUGAACUGGUACUUCAGUUCUGUAAAAUGAUGUUUGUAAAGGGUUCACAGUGUUUGAUUUUGAAGUUGACCUGAAGCUGCUUAUGAAUGGUGGAUGGUAUAUGGAGAAUUUAGAAUGUGAUUUGUUUUUAGUGCUUUGAAUUAAGGAUAAAUUUGAUUUGAAAUUUUUUAAGUAUCUAAAUUCAGCAGAUGAGUACAUUGUAUCAGAAGACAGGAAUAGUAUUUCAAGAUACAUUUUUCCAUAUGUUGUGCUUUAUGAGUUUAUCUUGGAAAAGGACAGUUAAAACUCUUACUUUUGGAGAAAGCAACUUUACUUUAAAGUCAUAAUAUUUCUCUGCUACUUUCCAUCAGCAGAGUGUUCUAUUUUAUGUUGCACCAGCUAUUUAAAAGAAGGCUUACUAUUUAUGUCUAACAUGAUGAGUUUAAAAGAAUUAUUUCUGAAAUUUAACUUUUAUGAAUAUUGAGUGUCAUAAAAUACUCUCUUACUUCUGAUGAAACCUUGCUCCAGUGAGGCCAGUGGUAGUAAGAUUUCAUCUUUUUUUUUAAAAUGAACUUUCAGAAAAAAACUAUUUACCACUCAUAAGUACAAAUGCAGCCUGAAGUUUCGGUUGGAGUGUGUUAUGUGAGACACCUUGUCUUUUAACACUGUUACUUGUGGGAAGAUUGAAUCAGUUCUCUUUCUGUGUGUGUGUGCGUGUGUGUAUUGCACUUUGACAUGCUCUAGUGGUGAUUAUUUCAGGAAGAUGUUUUAUAAAAAAAAUGCUAAAGUCAGAAAAAAAAGGGGUUUUCCAGUCAUCCCAGAGUUUCAGAAGCCCUGGCAGUUCAUGCUGGAGUGAUUGAUCCCUAAAAGAUAUUCUUGUGAAACAGAAGCCUUGAAAGAGAAGUGGUGGACAAAGUGGUGUGUCUAGUCCUCAAGCACUGGCUGCUCUUCCCAGCUAGCUGCACUGGGAUCUCUUGGUUUCACUCCUUUCACCAGACUCUGCACUGCAGCUGGGAAGAGCUGUGAUUUGUGAUCUUUGUUGGAUUUGGCUGUUACAGUUUUAAUUGCCAGUAGAUGCAAUCUCUUUAUUGCUAAAUCCACUAAGAUUCAUGAGUUGGUCUAAUAGAAAUUAUUUUAUUUCUAAUCAUACAUGUUCCACUGAUGUAAAAUUGCAGGAAAAUUAUUACUUUUUUCAAUGUUUCAAGUAGACUGUGAACUCUUCACUGUUUUUAAAACAAGCAAACUUGUUGCCAGGAGCACUUUUGGAUGUGAGUGUUAACUCUGUAGGUUCACUAUGAAGAGUUGGAAAUUCUUUUGAGCACUUGAGGAAUAAAAAUACUGUCAUUAGUACUUGUUUGAUGCACAUGAUUCUGUUUAGUCUUCAGCAAAGGGUUCUAGUGUGGGUUAGGUUGUCUAGGGCUCUUUAGACUAAUGGUACAAAAAUGUAGCAGUCACAACCGUGCCUUUAAGUAGUGGUGUGACAAUGUACAUUUGCUUCCAUCUUCUUUUGCAAAGGGGACAAUCAAUAAAUGAUCAUAGAACCUUAGUUUACUAAGCAGAAGAGCUUCUAAGAAAUCUGUCUAAGGAUGUGAUAUAGAUAUGGCAUAAUUAUUUUGACUGCUCCCGCAUUAGAAAAUAAAUAUCAUUACCUCAUUCUUAUUCAGAUUUUAAAUACUGUGUUCUAAAAAUGAAAGUAUUCUUUUUGAACUAAAUUAUCCUAAACUGUUGUGUCAUAACCUGCAUAUUUUGAUGUAUUCAGUGGGCUUUUAUUUCCUUUACAUAUACAAUCACAGAAGUAAAGCUGCAAAAUUUAAAGCUUUUAACUCAUGAAGUUAUUUGGACUCACAUGUUAAUUUGUUUUUCAAAACUAUUUAAAGAAUAUGAAGGUAGAUACUCAAUAUACUGCAGAUUUAUUUUUGUUUUUCCACAACAGUGAUCUGUAGAAUUAUUUUAAAACUUGACUUGGACUUAAAAACUGGAAAAGUUACUCUGAAGAGACAGUGUCAUUGAAUAUACAGGCAAAUUUUCAGGGUUCUGUCUGUAGAAAUAGACCCUUUCUCAUUCUUGAAAACAAAAUAAAUGAAUCUUUCUUUGUGGUGUGGGACUGACCAACUUGAUUUUUGUAUUUAAAAUAGAACUUUACAUUGUUGAAAGACCAACAUAUUCUGGAAAUAAUGCUGCAAACUUUACAAUUUGCAUAUGCAUGCUGUUCAUUCUGUGAGCUGCUAUAGUGGUGAACUUACAUGAAAUGUUCAGUGGAUUUCUUGAAUAAUGAAACAAUGUUUCAGCAAGUUAAUUAUUUCAGUUAUUUCAGUGCCAUGAGCCAUAUACUUAAAGUUUAGGCUUCUAAUGAAGUCACUUUGUGAACUUGAGUCAUUGUCUGUCUUAGUUAUAUGUGCCUAACUGAGCUCCCAUUUAAAAGGGCUAAAUGCCUAAGCAUUUUAUAAGUUUACCUGUUUACGUGUGUAUUGAAUUGGCUGUAUGUAAGUGCAUACUUAAAUUAGGCAUAUACUUAUGUACAGUACUGACCAAGGAUCUCAGUUAGCAUGCAGGCACACCACUGUCAGAGCUAUUUCUACCAUUGGAUUUAAUUGUGCCAUGUCUCUUGAUCCAUCAAAACCUGCAUGAGUAGCUGUUUAAUUGCAAGAUGCCUACUGUUCAGGAUAAGUUUUGGUUCAUUACUCAUUUGAAAAAACUUAAUACUUUGAUUUUCAGAAGCACUGGUGCAUAAUUCUGUGCCUAAUUUGCAUGCACAUCUGCUGGAACUGUGUAUUUAAAGGCCUGUUAGUAGGCCUACAUAUUAGGCAGGGUACACAAUGUACCUGAUACUUUUGAGCAGUCAGGCAAAUCAGGUACACUUCUUAUUGCAUGCCCGACUUCAAAAUGAGAUCUAUUAAAGAGUGCCGAACAUUGUGAUAGUGGCUUAGAUUUGUGCAUGUUUUUAAAAAAGUUUUGGAAGUCAUUAUUGCUCAGUUAACUCCUAAGCGCUAAAUUUUUCCUAUUUUUCUCUCUUAGUUAGCAAGUUCGAGUGGUUUCUUAUAUGUUAAGUUGCAAGGUGUCUCAAAAUUUAACAUAAAUAAAAUAAAUGUAAAUAGGAAGCAUGGAAAAAAAUGGGUACUGUUAUUUUAUCUGUUCUGCUCCACCCAUUCUACAUAUAAAUUAAGUUUCCUUUAGAUUUGUUUUGUCAUUCAGUCAUAUUGAGCUGACUCAAGCUGACUUUCCCGCAGAUCUGUAGAGCAGUGAUGCAGCCAACACGAACGGUUGUCAUGUGUAAAACAACUUUCGAUCACCGCGAAAACACCGCCCUGGGAAAGCGUCCAUGCUUGAUAUCGUUUGGUUCAUGAACGUUAAGUUUCCAGUACAGGUAAAAUCCCAGAUGAAGCCAAAGCCCUGUCUCUAUUGGCGCCUGCUCCUACUAUGACAAGUCUGAUGCCUGGUGCAGGGUUGCUUCCUAUACCUACACCAACUCCCUUGACUACACUUGGUGUUUCACUUGGUACUUUAGGGGCAAUACCAGCAGCAGCAUUGGAUCCUAACAUUACAGCACUGGGAGAAAUACCACAACCACCAAUUAUGGGAAAUGUGGAUCCAUCCAAAAUUGAUGAAAUCAGGAGAACAGUCUAUGUUGGAAACUUGAAUUCCCAGACUACAACAGCAGAUCAGCUGCUUGAAUUCUUUAAGCAAGUUGGAGAAGUCAAAUUUGUGCGAAUGGCAGGUGAUGAGACACAACCAACACGAUUUGCUUUUGUGGAAUUUGCAGACCAAAAUUCUGUACCUCGAGCUCUUGCCUUUAAUGGAGUUAUGUUUGGAGACCGGCCACUGAAGAUAAAUCACUCCAAUAAUGCAAUAGUGAAGCCUCCUGAAAUGACACCACAAGCUGCUGCCAAGGAGCUAGAAGAAGUGAUGAAGAGAGUAAGGGAAGCCCAGUCUUUUAUAUCUGCUGCUAUUGAGCCAGAGUCUGGAAAGAGCAGUGAAAGAAAAGGCGGUCGAUCUCGUUCCCAUUCUCGUUCAGAAUCCAGGUCUAGCUCAAAAUCCCGCUCUAGAAGGAAAAGAUCACACUCAAAACACAGAAGUAGAUCUGGCAACAGAUCUCUCUCAAGACACAAGGACAGACGCAGAUCCCGAAGUCCUCUGAAAAAACGGUCUAGAUCUACAGAAAGACGGAAAUCAAGAAGUCGCUCUCGUUCUCGGGACAAGAAAAGAGACAAAGAAAAGAUCAAAGAAAAAGAAAAGGCCAAAGAAAAAGAGAAAGACAGAGACCGAGACAAGGAGAAGGAUAGGGAUCGAGAUAAAGACAGGGAAAGAGAGCGAGAUAAAGAGAGAAAUAGAGAGAAGGACAAGGAGAGAGAUAAAGAGCGAAGCAAAGAUAGAGAGAGAGCCCGAGACAAAGACAGGGACAAGGAUAAAGAUAGGGACAAGGAAAAGGAAAAAGAUAAAGAUAAGGAAAAAGACAAGGAAGAGGUAGAUCAUAACAAAGAAAAAGAAGAUACUGAGAAAGAAGGAGAGAAGGACAGAGAGAAGAUUAAGGACAAGGAGGGAGAUAAGGAUAAAGGAGGGGACAAAGAAAAGGACAGAGACAAAGAAAAGGAAAAAGAUGGGGAUAAGGAGAAGGAGCGAGAAAAAGAGAGAGAUGAUAAAAAGAAGAAAGAUAAGAGAUCCAGAACACCCCCAAGAAGCUAUAGCUCUUCAAGAAGAUCUCGUAGCUCCAGCAGAGAAAGGCGUAAAAGGAAGAGCAGAAGUCCUUCCAAAUCUCCUAAAACAUCAAAAACAGCAAAAAGAAAGUCUUCACGAACUCCUUCUCCAAGAAGAAACAAGAAAGAAAAAAAAAGAGAAAGAGAUACAAAUAAUGAAAGGAGAGAAAGAGAACGCUCCACUUCCAAGAAAAAAAGUAGUAAAGAAAAAGAGGGAAAGGAGAAAUCUGACAAAAGCACCACUACUUUGAAGGACAAAGAUAACAAUAAAGAAGAUCAGAAUUCAGAAACUGACAAGGAAGUAGACAAUAGAGAUACGCAAAGGACAGAUGAAGUCAAGCUACAACAGAACGGGAAUUGUCAACCAAACGAGGAAAAUCUCUCAGUUAAAAUGGAAGAGGUUUAAAGAAUGGACUUCUUAUUCAACUAAGGAACGAAAUCCAAAGCAUUUUAUUUCCCAGAAUGAGGAAGAAAAUGUCAAAGCAAUCAACCUGAACGUGUUGAUAGUACUAGUAGCUCCUCCAGUUCAUGUGAUAGCUUUGUUGUCUUCUUGCUGUAAAGCAAGAGCACAGACCUGUAGUUAAUACCAUGAAAAGGCAGAUGCCAUCAGAACUAUUCAUCUCUGAAAAUCCAUGCAUUUCCAUGAUGGCUGUACUUGUAAAAUGAUUUAUGUUAAGUUUUGCUAUAAGCUGUUACAAAUAACUAGAAACUGAAAGAUGUAAACCUGUACUUCCCAAAAAAAGCUGAAGAUAUGCAUUGAAGGUUGUUUAAAAUACUGCUUGUUGAUGACUUUUGUAUUGUUUUGCCCUGUAGGUUAAAAAAUCCACAAAAACUUUAAUGUGUGCUGUUUGAUGUGCUUGAAAAUGGUGCAUAAAUAUACACACUUCCUUUCCUUGUAAAUGACAUCUGUAGGGAAAGGGGGUUUAAGCAUAAACAUGGUUUUACUGUUCUUAUGUUAAAUACUCACAGAUUAGUAUGUUUUUCAUUUGCUCACUGCUCGAGAUUCUUCGGGUUUAUUAUUUAAAAUAAUUUCUUACUAAUAUCUCUGAAAUUAAUAUUUCUUUUAUAGUAUUUGAACAAUGCAUGCGCUUUUUCUGUUCCUAGAAGGAACAUUGCCAUGUUAUAGAUACUAGGUUAGCUUACAGGGUUAUUUUGGGGUUGUUUUGUUCUGUUGUUUUCAUUGUCCGUAGAGAAGUGAGCACAUCUAUAUGAUGAUACCAGAACUUACAGCUUUGUUUUGCAAUGUACUGCAGUGUGUCUGUUCAGCUGAAAAUAGUACAGGUGCCAUUAAGAAAAUAAAUUUUUCCUUUUUGUUAAAAAAAUAUGGGAGCACAAGCAGAAGCUUUAGUGCCUUCUUAAAAUGUGGUAUUUUCUAGAAAUGUAUAUGUGCUGUUACACAUUUUUAGCUAAAUCUUAUAUGAUCUCUCUUGCUACUUUGCCACCACCAUACUGUAGACAAAAAUGCAAGUGAUUUGCCAGAAUGAUUGUUUGAUUCACUUGUUAAAAUAGUGAAGCUCCAUUUUACUUUUAUUUUUUAUUCUUGGAAGAGAUUUAUAAAUAAGAGAAGAGAUGUAAUUUGGGGACCAUCACUGUACAAAAGUAGUAGCUGAAUACAAAGUGUGCUCUGAUCGCCUGCAUCAAAGAAAGCUCUUAAGACAUAUACUAGACAUUUGGAUGGCCUUAAUUCUUACCUCUCUGUUAUUUUCUCUGAUACCUGUUGGGCAAUACAAAAGGAAUGGCGUGCAAAGAAAUGGGGGAUAAAUAAUUUGAGGAAGAAAGUUCUAAUUUUCGCAGGGCUUACUUAGUAGAGAUUCUUCUAUCAUUUUUUUUGUGGAGAAAGCAUGCAAGAAGAGAAUCACAAAACAAGUGGCUUUGUCUUGGCAAAACAUAGCUUUUGUUCGUUGAAGUAAUUUAAUCGGUUAUAUGAGACUUCUGAUAAGUUAUGCUUUUAAGACAUAAUUAUAGCUAAAAUCACAUAGAUUAUUUUUACUACAACUUAAUGCAAUCAAAUUAUUAAUUGCCUUACCUCAUGGGAAGUGUCAUUUCUUUCAGUUAAAAUAAAAAACUAAGUGUAUUGGCUAUUUGCUUUCUACUUGUUUUACUUUUCCUCUGCAUAGUUAGUUUUUUCAGUGGAAGGGAAGCAUAUUACAGGGAAUGAAAACUUUGCCCAGCUCCUAAGGUAGUGAAAUCCAAUUUGAUUGUGAAGCUGCUUAAUCACUCCUCAUUUUCUAGAAGAUUUAAUGUUCUUGCCACUGUGUACAUUUCAGACAACAGAAAAUGCUUUACCAUGUAAAGUAUAGAACAGCCAUUUUUGUGAUGUUUAAGCCACAUGCUGUUGGCUGGUAAACAGCUAAUUCUGAUAAAAGAAUAAAAAAUUGUAUGCUUACAGGAAGACUGUGAAAGAUUGUGUCUUGCAACAACAGCUGUCUUAUUUAUGAUGUGUAAGUAGCAUAGAGCAAAGAGAUUGUUUGUAUACUUGUUAUCUUUGGUACCAUUUCACUAAUAAAGUAAGUAUUUUAGAGGGA